AUGGUACAAGUUGAGUUGCUUGGUGGCUAUACGGUAACACGUCCAGACCUGAUGGUCGGAAAGGCCAUUGUCAUGCUUCCAAACGUGUGCCGGGUCUUGGUUUGCGGCAGCCCGCUGCCACUGAUCGAAGUCACAGACGGCCUCCAGACGCCGCACCAGCGGUCGCAAUGCGACUGCAAGAAGUCUUUUGUGAAACGUGAACGCCAGGCGUGA